AUGGGGAGAGUUCCAUUUAUCGGGCGAUUGUUCUGGUUUGAGUACCUAGCUCUCUUUGGGUCUUUGAUUCUUGUUCUGCUUGAGACAAUCAUUCACUUGAUUACUUGGUGCCUUCCAAGCCCUAUCAUCAAAUUUUGUUAUGGCCAAUCCAAGGCACUUUUCAACCUUUUAAUCCCUGAUGAAUCCCGCACCAAGCGCACCAAAGAGGAAAUCUUUGCCAGCUCUGUUGCAGAUGCAUCUGAUUUCACUGAAAUAUGUGCUCUCUUCGGGUAUCAAGCCGAGGAGCAUAUUGUACAAACGAACGAUGGUUACCUUCUUGGACUUCAUCGACUGGCAUAUCGAAAAGGAGAAGAAAACAUGCGCGUGAAUCAUGGUCCCAGUGGGCUUCGGAAAAAAGUAGUCUACCUCCAUCACGGUCUGCUCAUGUCAAGUGAGGUGUGGGUAGCCUUGACAGAUGAGCAGCGAUGCCUGCCCUUCCAGUUGGUGGAGAAGGGAUACGAUGUAUGGCUGGGAAACAACCGUGGAAAUAAAUACUCCAAGAAGUCGAUUCGAUUCUCGCCUGGUUCCAAUGAAUUUUGGGAUUUCUCCAUCGAUCAGUUCGCCUUCUCUGAUAUCCCCAACAGCAUCGAGUACAUCCUCGAGGUAACAGAUCAGCCAUCACUGUCUUACAUUGGAUUCUCCCAGGGGACAGCGCAGGCAUUCGCUACCCUCGCUAUUCAUCCAUUGCUCAACCAGAAAAUCGAUGUGUUUGUGGCUCUUGCACCAGCCAUGGCUCCUUCGGGUCUCCGCAACCGCAUCGUUGAUUCGCUGGUGAAAGCCUCUCCGAACUUUUUGUUUCUGUUGUUUGGUCGAUGCAGCAUCCUGUCUUCGACAACCAUGUGGCAAACGAUACUCUACCCGCCGAUCUUUGUGCGCAUUAUCGACACAGCCCUCAGAACGCUCUUCAACUGGAACUGCCGCAACAUCAGUCAAACACAAAAGCUUGCUGCCUAUCUGCAUCUCUAUUCCUUCACCAGUACUAAGUCUGUUGUGCAUUGGUUCCAAAUCAUUCGGAACAAGAACUUCCAGUUCUACGAUGACGAAGUCUAUGCCCCCUUCAGCAUAGCCGCCAGCGAGCGCUUUUACAAACCAGUCAAAUACCCUACUCGCAACAUCAAGACUCCUAUAGUCCUCCUAUAUGGCGACAGGGACAGUCUCGUCGAUAUCGGGGUAAUACUAAAGGGGUUACCACAUGGCACUGUCGCCCAGAUGAUUCCCACCUACGAACAUCUCGACUUUUUGUGGGCCUCCGACGUUGAUCGCCAAGUAUUCGGUUAUGUGUUUAAUGCACUUGAGACCUAUAGCCGGGGUGGCCCGUUGGCUGCCAGCAGUGCAAGGUCCAAGAAACACAGACUUUCAACCGACGGCCGUGGUUCCAGCAAAUCGGUGUCCCGAAAAACGCGCGCCUUCCCCAAUGAUGUAGCCUACGGGGCCACUCCCUGA